AUGUGGUCAGUGCCAGCGUCUGUGGCUGUGCAGAGCUUCCCAUUGACCGUGCCCAAAGACAUUGGUGACACGGCCAUCCAGAGGAGCAAGCCAGAGCUGCCAGAUACCCGGUCUGAUUCCACUUCAAGUGGUGACACCUUCUACUUUCUAACCAACCAGCAGUACAACUUCAACUGUAAAUCAGCCAAUUCUGCCCUGGAUGAGGACGAGGGUUUUAGCGAUUGGACUCAGAGGCGAGAGGAGCGUCGGCAGAAACGCAGGGAGGAGCUGAGCCAGAUGGAGAAGGACCAUGUUGAUGAAUCACAAACAGAUCGUGCUUACACUCUGAGGGACAGAAAGGGACAGGAGCAUCAGGAGGGUCCAAGUGUUUGUAAACUGAAAAUGUGGCAGAUUGAGGAGGAGGAAAGAAAGAUGUACCAAAGGAAACAAAGAGAACAAGAGGAAGAGGAGGAAAAUUGUCAGCGGAGAGCUCGUGAAACACAGCAACGAGAGAUGGAGGAGAUGAAAAGAGCUCAGAAAUACCUUGAUGAUAAAGAAAGAUUGAAAUACGUUAGAGAAGAGAAAGAGCGACUGAACCUGAACAGCAUGGAGAAGGAGAGACGAAAAUUAGAAGUCGAGAAGAGACCAAAAGAAAAUGAGAUGAAGAUGCCCCACACAGCCCUGGCAUGGACCGAGCAUAGCGGUUAUGAGGAGGAAAAUAAUGACAUGAUACGAGACAAAAUGGCUUCAUACCAAGGCUAUAGGACCACCAAGACAAUGCUGAGUGAGUUUCCUGAAACAGAUGAAGACGGAGAGCUUACCCGCCUGGAAGCCGAACAGAAGUUGGAGCAGAUCCGUCGGAGUCUCGACGAGAAGGAGAACCAGGAGUAUGAGCGCCUGCGGCAGCGAGGUCAUGAUGCUGAGCUGGAGCUGGAAGAACUGAAGAAGAGGAGGGAAGACAGGCGUAAGCUGCGGGAAGAAGAGGAACAGCGUCGCCAACAGCAGGAACUGGAGCUGCAAGCUAGAGAGGAGGAAGAGAAAAGAAGAAUGAGAGAAGAGAGAGAAAAACGGAGGAUGGAGGCAGCAGAGAAACGUCAGAAAGUUCUUAGUAUUUCAGGUAGUGAAAUGGAGGAUCCAUUCAUUCCCCUCAGUCCCAAGAGCCCAACAUUUAAGAAAGAGUAUGACGAGGGGAUGACGCCAGAAACAACUUGCUUGGUGAGUCAAACUAAAUAUGAAUGA